AUGGCAACGGAUAUCCUCUUCCAAUCACCAACCGUUAUAACCGGUGACGAAUCCGCUGAGCCGUUCGUGGCCGAUGUGUUGGUUUCAGGCGGCCUAAUUGCGAAGAUUGGCGCUCCUGGUUCAAUCAAUGUUUCCUCUGCUGCUCGGCGUAUCGAUGCAAAGGGUCAUGUACUCUCUCCCGGAUUUAUCGAUAUGCAUGCCCAUUCCGAUCUCUACCUCCUCACACAUCCAGAGCAUGAAGCGAAAAUAACCCAAGGAUGCACGACCGAAGUUGUUGGUCAAGAUGGCAUCUCUUACUCGCCAAUCCGCAAUGUCAAUCAGCUCAAGGCUAUUCGAGAACAAAUCGCAGGCUGGAAUGGCAAUCCCACCGAUGAAGAAUGCCGUACGACGCUCAGCGGGGUUGGCAUGUUUGAAUGGCAAACCGUGGGCGAGUAUCUGGACUGCUUGGAGCGUAAUAAAACUGCUACAAAUGUUGCCACGUUGGUGCCUCAAGGCAAUCUGAGAUUGCUCGCGUGUGGUCCAUAUGACACGCCGGCAUCACCAGAGGAAAUCCAAGAUCAGAUCCAGCUCUUGCGAGAGGCCAUGGCGCAAGGCGCCGUCGGCAUGUCCAGUGGCCUCACUUACACACCUGGCAUGUAUGCCUCAACAUCCGAACUGGCCUCCCUCUGUGAAGCACUGGCGAAGGAAUUUCCAGGCGCAUUUUAUGCGCCUCAUCAUCGCAGUUAUGGAUUCCAAGCGAUUGAAAGCUACGCUGAAAUGCUAGGACUGGGCGAGUCGACAGGCUGCCCUAUUCAUCUCACACACGCAACCAUGAACUUUUCUGAAAACAAAGGUAAAGCCCCAAUACUCAUAUCCAUGAUUGACAAGUCACUCGAGAAAGGCAUCGACGUAACUCUCGAUACUUAUCCUUACCUCCCCGGCUGCACAACUCUAGCUGCCUUAUUGCCCAGUUGGGCCUCUGCGGGCGGCCCAGCCGAAACACUGAAGAGGCUAGAAGACGCAGAAACCAGGGAAAAAAUUCGAGUAGCGGUCGAAGUGACUGGGUGUGAUGGCGGCCAUGGAAUUCCGACAAAUUGGGAUGAGAUCCAAAUCGGCGCCACGAGCGAGCCAUCUUUGGCAUCUUACUCCGGCCGCAUGGUUGCAGAAAUUGCCAAAUCAGUAGGAAAGCCGGCCAUCGAAGUUUUCUUUGAGCUCUUGCAAAAAGACAAGCUUGCAACUAGCAUCAUUAUGCAUGUGGGCAACGAGGAGAAUGUGAGAUUAAUCAUGCAACAUCGGGUGCACAUGGCAGGCAGUGAUGCAAUUUUGCACGGCAAGACGCUUCACCCACGUGCUUAUGGAACAUUUCCUCGUUAUCUCGGCCAUUACUCGCGCGAACUCUCGCUUAUUCCUCUACCUGCCAUGAUUGCACAUCUCACCUCUCGCCCAGCCAAGCGUCUCUCUGUCUACCCGUUCCGUGGCCUCGUUGCCGAAGGGUCGGCUGCUGAUCUUGUUCUCUUCGAUCCGGAGGCCGUCAAAGAUAUGGCAACGUAUGAGCAGCCCAAGCUGCCGAGUAAAGGUAUCAGAUACGUCUUGGUGAACGGUCAGGUGGCUCUGGAUGAGGGCAAGAUGACAGGUGCACGGGGUGGUAAGACGCUGAGAAGGGGCAAAGAUGGAAAGGUAAAAGCUAGAGAUGAGUGA